AUGCCAAAUCCGGCCAAAACAGCACAGACAAGUCUUCAGGAAAGGCAGCAAACGCUUUUGAAGACACUCUUUCACGUAAAUUUCCUGGUUGACGGUCCCGGUUGUAACGCUUUUCAAGCCACAGAGCAUCCCGAGCUGCGGGUGAUUGGCAAUUUCGAUCGUAUUUCGCUUCAAGGUAAAUGCAAAUUCAACAAGGAUUACGCCAUCACAAACAUCAGCCAGUGGGCUAUUAUGCCAAAAAAUGAAGAUUCACUCGCUUACGCACUGUGGAAGGUGGGACCGAUUGCGGUUAGCUUAAACGCUGCUCCCAAAUCGUUCCAGUUGUACAAAAAUGGAAUCUACGACGACGAAGCCUCGUGUGAUAAUACGAAAGUGAACCAUGCGAUGCUGCUAGUUGGUUACACUCCCACCUAUUGGAUCCUGAAAAAUUGGUGGGGAACCUGGGGCGAUGGUGGAUACAUGAAGUUAGCACGUGGCAAAAAUAUGUGCGGUGUUAGUAAUUAUGCUGCUUACGUUACAAUAAAAUAA